AUGAAGCAGCACCCCUGUGCUCUCUCUUCUUCCACUGACAGCACUGAAUCGAAGGCCUCCACUAGUGACGAAACAGCAGCCACUGUACAGAGUCCUGGGGCUGCCACUAACGGGGCUGCUCUUAAAGGGUUUGGUGCUGCAACAGGUUUGGGCAGAGGGAGGAACAGCAGGGUCUCCAAUUCUAGUCCCUCCAAGCCUUUCAAAUCAGGCUCGGUAAGAGACUCUUCUGACAGUGAGUCUCUAGCUGGUGCUUCCCCUGCAAAGGCUGGAAGCAAGGGUUGGGGUGGUGCUGGGGCGCAGAGCGGGGAUGCGAGGCCGACGUACUCGCGAUGUGUGGUGGUGAACGGGGAGCCAAUCAGUGAUGACCGCGUGGCAGCUGCAGAGCAACGUGCGGGGCCGAUCCAGCCCGGGAACUACUGGUACGACCAAGUGUCAGGUUUCUGGGGCCAGAUGGGAGGGCCUUGCCUUGGGAUGAUCCCGCCUGCUAUCGACCUGGGGCCUGCCCUCCCAAGGAACUGCUCGGGUGGCGACACCAAGGUGUAUGUGAAUGCGAGGGAGCUUCACCGCAAGGACCUGGACAGGCUCGUGAAGAGAGGCCUACCGCUGACAGACAACAUGGCGUAUCGAGUGGAGGCGAAUGGGAACGUGUUUGACGGUCUCAGUGGCGAGUUCCUGGUCAACCUUGGGAAGCUCGCGCCAUCUCUUGACAAUCGGAAGCGAGGACCUGGAAUGAGGAUUCCAGACCAGAUGCCACCAAGUAAAUAG